AUGGGCCUCGUCGACUACUCCUCCGAGUCUGACUCCUCCGGUCCCGAGGCCGAAGCACCCACCAAACCAACUCCCAAAUCGAAACUCGUCGGCGGCGGCGGCAGCGCGUCCAGCAAAAAGGUCCCCUCCGUCGUCGACAAGUCCAAAGCCGGCAAGAUCAUUGUCAACCUCGCCGGCAACGCUGCAAACCCUCCGAGCGAUGAACCACCAGCGAAGCGAGCGCGCACGACUGGUGGUGGCGGCGGGCGUUUUUCUGGCUUCAACGCGUUCCUGCCGGCGCCCAAGAACACGGCGGCCAGAUCGACGGCGGGUGGCUCGAGGGGGGUAGGUCUGCGGACGAGUGCCGCGCCUGGAUUCAGCAGAGAUGCGGCGGACGUGCCGUCUACAACGAAUGCCGAUGCGGUGGGCGAUGGUGAUGAGGCAGGCGACGACGCGGGGCGGACGACGACAACGAUGAAGAGUGGUGGGCUGAGCUUGCCGCCGCCGAAAAACGCAGUGGUGGAGCCGGCGAUCCCAGAGGGCCAGAAACCGGCGUCAGAGGUCAAACUCACGGGCAAGCCGCUCAUGUUCCGCCCGCUGUCCGUCGCCAAGGGCAAACCGAAGAAGAAGACGACAACGACGACAACGUCCACCGUAGCGGCGAAGCUUGGCCCCUCCGCGGAUGCCAACUCCACCGCGACCCAAACGCCCGCUCCUUCUACCGCUCCGCCAGAGCCGCCCAGCAGGAAAAAGGUUUCGCUCUUUUCCAUCCCUUCCGACGACACAACCCCCGCGCCGGGCCCGUCGCUAUCGAGCGGCACCGGCGCCUACGAGCCUCUCUUUGAAACCGCCCACGACGAUGCCUACAACACCGCCGCGCAGGCCACCGAGCCCCUCGUGGCGGAAGAGAAGGAGGCGGAGUCGGUGGGCGCCAUUGCCGACGACAUGAACCUGUCAGCCGCCGCGCGGCGCGAGCUCUUUGGCCGCGCCGGCGCCGGCAGCGGAAGCGGCAGCGGCACCACGGCGCAGCGGAUCGUCAAUUUCAACAUGGACCGCGAGUACCGGCACAACGAGGCGCUGCGGGCGAGCGGCGAGCAGCAGAUUCACAACCCGGUGCGGGCGAUUCAGGGCGGCGGCAAGCACAGCCUGCGGCAGCUCGUUGACAACGUGCAGAGCCAAAAGGAUGCGCUCGAGGAUAGUUUUGCCAAGGGCAGGACGAAUCGCCGCGAGGCGUCGAGCCGGUAUGGCUGGUGA